CCUAAAUAUAAAUGCAUCUGUGAGGAUGGCUGGGAGGCUCCAGCAGGGAACCCGUCCUGUGUGGCCGAUGUGAACGAGUGUAACCUUCCCACAAAACCUUGCUCCUCCAACCCCAUUGUUCCCUGCUACAACACACCGGGGUCCUUCUACUGUGGGACCUGUCCUGCUGGUUGGCAGGGCAACGGCUACAGCUGUCAGGAUGUGGACGAGUGUUUGACCAAUAACGGCGGCUGCUCCUCAGCUCCCAUGGUGCAAUGCCUGAACACCAUGGGCUCCUUCCACUGUGGGGCCUGCCCUCCAGGCUAUGAGGGGGAUGGAAGAACUUGCACCCAGAGCAACAUCUGCGCCGCCAACAAUGGAGGCUGUCACCCAUUGGCUUCCUGCACCUCCAGCCUAGGCUCCAGCCUCCCUGUAUGCACCUGUCCUCCUGGAUACAUCGGUAAUGGCUACGGACCAACUGGCUGCACCCAGACCAGCAACAUCUGUACGACCAACAACCCCUGUGUCAACGGGCAGUGUGUGCCCACCACCUCCUCUCCUGGCUACGUCUGCUCCUGCAACGCUGGCUGGCAGGGAGUCAACUGUGACCAGAAUAUCAACGAGUGCUUAAGCAACCCGUGUCAGAACGGAGGAACGUGCGCCGACGGCAGUAAUGGCUUCACGUGUACCUGCACCACUCAGUGGACCGGACCCCUCUGCCAGACAGCACAGCAAGUGUGUGGAGGGUACCUGACGGGCCCUGCUGGUAGCUUCAGUUAUCCCAACACGCCGGGUCAUGAUGAGUACGAUCACCAGGUCAGCUGUGCCUGGGUGAUCCGCACCGACCCCAACAAGAUCCUGCGCAUCACCUUCCCUUUCUUCCAUCUGGAGAGCAGCACCAACUGCAACUUCGACUUCCUCCAGAUCCACGACGGGGAGAGCGCUUCUGCUUACCAGAUCGGGAAAUACUGCGGCACAAAUAACCCCCAGGAGCUCUUCAGUUCCCACGAUUCACUUUACUUCUGGUUCCGCUCCGACCACACUAUCAGUGCUGACGGAUUCACUGUUGUUUGGGAGUCCCGGGACCCAGUGUGUGGAGACGAGCUAACUGCCCCAUACGGCAACAUUAACUCGCCUGGUUACCCUGGAAACUACCCACCCGGCAGAGACUGCUAUUGGUCGGUUACAGUGGAUCCCGGCCUCCUAAUUACCUUCGCAUUCGGGACUCUGAGUCUGGAGCAACACCCCGACUGCAACUUCGACUUCCUCGAGAUCCGGGAUGGUCUCCUACCUGAAGACCCAGUGUUGGGGAAGUACUGCAGCACUGGGUCCCCUGCCCCCCUGCAGACCACCGGUCCAGCUGCAUGGAUCCACUUCCACACCGACCACAGUGUCUCUGACCGAGGCUUCCACAUCACAUACACAACGUCACCAAGUGACCCAGGUUGUGGGGGUACCUUCACUGACAGUGAGGGCGUCCUCAUCUCCCCCAACUGGCCCAACAACUACGCCCACAGCAGACAGUGCAUCUACUUGAUCAAGCUGCCGGUCGGUGAGAAGGUGUCCCUCAACUUCACUGACAUCGACAUCGAGAGUCACGCCAGCUGCACAUUUGACUAUGUGGAG